AUGCCUUCCGAAGUGACGAAAACAGAAGUAGAGAGAGAUGAUGAGCAAGAAGAAGAUGAGAAUAAUAUUCAGGAACAAGAGCAGGAACAACAAACUCUUGAAAUAUACAGAAAAGCGCUAACGUUUAAUGUGAUAGCCAAAUACGACCCUCUUAUCAACCAACUCAUCCAUCUUUCAUCGUACUGUGUGGUAUACAAAUAUGAGGAAAAUGAUUGGAACAAAUUAGAUUACCAAGGGCCUAUAGCAUUUUAUUCGAGAAGUGCUGCUGAAUUAUCUGAGGCUACAAAGUUCUCGGUGGAGCAGGUGUUGAAGCAGGACCAUUAUAAGUAUGGCCUCAUCAUCCUGAAUAGAGCUAAGCCUGAAAAUUUUACCAUUGGGUUUUUGGGCAACGAUAAUCUUAUUGCUGAGGAUGCAGGUAAAGGUAUGUUUGUUGAGAGUAAAGAGAAGUUAGUGAUAGUUCGGGACUUCAAAGGUGAUACGUUUGGCCUCUGGUUGUUUGACCCUCAGGACAGAGAAUACCUCUACAAGUUUCUGAAAUACUGCGUGGAUAACUAG